AUGGCGUCCAUGGCGGCGGCGAUCGCGGCCUCGCGCUCGGCCGUCAUGAGUGGGAACCGGCCUCUGGACGACAGGGAGCGGAAGCGCUUCACCUACUUCUCGUCGCUGAGCCCCAUGGCCAGGAAGAUCAUGCAGGACAAGGAGAAGAUCCGGGAGAAGUACGGGCCCGAGUGGGCGCGGCUGCCGCCCGCGCAGCAGGACGAGAUCAUCGACCGGUGCCUGGUGGCGCCGAGCGCCCCGGCGCCCCGCGACUCCGGGGACUCCGAGGAGCUGGCGCGCUUCCCCGGCCUGCGCGGGCCCACGGGCCAGAAGGUGGUGCGCUUCGGGGACGAGGACAUAACUUGGCAAGAUGAGCACUCUGCCCCUUUCUCCUGGGAAACGAGGAGUCAGAUGGAGUUCAGCGUGUCCUUCUUGUCCAUCCAAGAGCCGAGCUGCAGCACUUCCACCGAGCCCAGGCCGCUGUCCAAAGCUCCUCAGGGCUCGCAGGCCCUCCGACCCUCCCAGGGCAGCAGGUCCUCCAGCCUGGAUGCCCUGGGUCCUGCCCCCCGGAAGGAAGAGGAAGCGUCCUUCUGGAAGAUCAAUGCAGAGCGGUCCCGGGGGGAGGGCCCUGAGGCCGAGUUCCAGUCGCUGACCCCCAGCCAGAUCAAGUCUAUGGAGAAGGGGGAAAAGGUCUUGCCUGUCUGUUACCGGCAGGAGCCCGCCCCGAAGGCCAGGGAGGCCAAGGUGGAAAAGUCCAGCAGCCUGCGCCAGGAGCAGUGGGUCCUGCCCAGCAUCAGCGUGGAGCGAGAGAGACCCCAGCCCGCCCAGGCCUGCAGCAGCCCGCUGAGCGAAGCCGCCGCCUCCGAGCCCGUGGGGGACACGGAGGGUGCUCUGUUCUCGGAAUCCGUGCCUGUACAGGUCAGCUCAAGUAAUGUCAUCUUGAAGACAGGAUUUGACUUUCUGGACAAUUGGUAA